CGGUUCCGGUGCCGACGUCCCAACCCUCGCCACCAGCGCCGUUGCUUCCGACGGCUGUCAAAAGGAUGACGCCGCCGACACUCUCACUGACGAGGCCGCCCUCACGCACCACACUCUCAGCGACCCAGCGCCGCGCGACGUGCCACUGACGGCGGCAAAGCCCCUCGACCCCGACGGCACCGCAGCCGCACUAAAGACGCCCCACCAAGGCGGCGCCAACGCAGAGGCUCCCAGCGCCGCUCCAGACGACGCGACCUUGGGCACUGGCGCCCAGCCUCCGCCCGGCUACUCCGCGGUUGAGCGUCACGUGAGGUUCGGCGGCGUUGACCUGAAGCACUACGAG